AUGCUGCUCGUUCUGGGGCUGGUGCUGUUCCUCUUGGACGCUGAAGCGCUACGCUUAGAGCUGUCGAACGUCCCACGGUACGGGAAUUCCUCACUGGAGACGAGCAAAACCGAGCCGAGUCACGGUAUCACGGUCACCCGGAUCCUCCGAGAUGGCGAACACGAGCGUGUGACCCGAUGGCGCGGAAUCUGCGCCAAGGAGACCGUCGUCAAUUGGGGAGAUACGGACGUAGCACUGAGGCAAGUCUGGCUGCAGGAGACCGGCAGAAAGUUGCAACUGAUAUACGAGGGCGGCACGCUGACCGACUGCGUCGACGAGAAGCUCCCCGUUUGGGACGAGGGCUGCUGCCCGUCGAGUGCGCACUCCGCCGAUUACGAUUACCAGACGUCCUCGAUCGUGGUGUUCGACGUGGACGGCCACGAGGACGCGUCGAGGAUACCGCAGGACCUCUCCUGGCUCUCGUCCACGUCCGAGUUACGGCAUCGUUGCGAUCGCUUCAGGACCAGGGCGAGAAACCAACUCGUCGCCCAGCAUCAUCGUAGGAAAUACGCGAAACUGUUGAACACGACAAACAUCGGCCGCAAACAGAGAAGAGGAAAGAGUCGUUCUAGAAGGGACUUGUUGAUGAUCCCGGGGACACAAUGGUGCGGACGCGGUCAUCGUGCCACGAAAUACACGAAUCUCGGCGGUUUCGGCAGCGCAGACGCUUGUUGCCGUAGACACGACACCGCCUGUCCUUUCUUCAUACCGGCUUUCGAGACGCGUUACGGCCUCUUCAAUUGGGGCAUCUCGAGCAUGAUGCAUUGCGCCUGCGACGAACGUUUCCGUACGUGUUUGAAAAUGUCCGGGACUGCGUCCGCGAACUUCAUCGGGAGAAUCUUCUUCGACGUGCUUCGCACCAAGUGCUUCGUCCUGAAGCCGCAGAAGGUGUGUACGAAAUGGUCUUGGAUGGGCAAGUGCCAACGGCACGAGUACAAGAAGAAGGCCCACGUUCGCGACAAUGUUUCUUAUUAA